GAAUUCGUACGUCGCCUAAACCCAAGUGCUGCGCAAAAAGACUUCUGACUUGGUAAACAGCAACAUCGCGUCUGCGGGUCCUCGUCCUCGCUACCACAGCAACCAGCACAGGGCAGGCGGACUCGCAUCGUUUUCUUGUCUAGGAUGGCUCUGAUUGAACCUGGCACGGCCUCAAGCGGUGGGCCAAGCCCGGAGACUAGCUCGCUUCCUCGAAUCGGCUCGCGGACCUUCCGAAUACCAGGUACCUCGGGCGAGUCCGCGCGGGAUAGGGUGGACUUGGAAGAGUUCAAAGCGCGCUUGACAGAAGGGUUCAACCUCAUCAAGCAUAGCAGAUCGGGAAAAGCGAGCAAUCGUGUCAUUUACACCGUGGAUAAUGGAGUCCACUUCCGCAUGGCGAAGGGCAAGAAGGGGUCGCUCUCCAAGCUGUCUCUCGGCACUCAGGAGUUUUCCUUGUUAUCGUUGGCACAGGUGCGCAUGGGCACAGACAAGGACCCAGAGCACGAGGACAAGACCGGGUCGAAUCCGCUGCGCCAGGGAUGCCCUACGGAGGAGGACCUCCGAAAGGGCUUCAGCCUUGUAUACCUCUCCAGGACGCUUGAUUUCUCGUGCGAGUCGGAAGACGAAAUGCACUACAUCGUCAACGGCUUCCGGGCAAUGGUGGCGGAGACGUUGGCCGCGGGGGCGGGCUCGUCGGCGUUCGGCAGCCAAUCGUGGGUCAGAAAAGAGAGUCGCUGAGGCACCAGGGGGGGGAAGGGGGGCGGGCAUUGUGUGCAAGUGUGCAGCUGGACGGCAGGGGGGGGGGAGGGGGGGAGGCGAAGCAUACCCUUAUGGGGGGUAAGGGAUGACUCCUGGUGGUAUCCCAACUGCUUAGCGUGCGGAGCGUGUGAGUGAGUGAACGGGUGAGUUUUGGAAACUGUUGAGGCUGACUUGGCUUUUCGUCAGAGGAAGGCUGCCGGCCGUGCCAAUAUUUUUGGGUCGACGACCACCGCCGUUCCAACAGAUCACGGUGCAGAACAUAGAUGCCAACGCGACGUGUUCCCUGUGUUGCCCCGCAUUUUUUGGUCGCGUUCCUAUCGGCUGAAGGCUUGUGGCUCUCACUCACCCUCUCUCUUAUCCUGGCAGUUUAUUUUCCGCCCUGGGGGAUAGAGUGGGAGUAGACGUCCUUCCCUCUUCAAGUUUAUCGCGGUGGUGAAAGACAUCAUGUCGAAGGAGGGGAGGGAGAGAGUCGACGUCGAUCGCUUCUGUUUGCCCUCGCCUAUUAGGGCGGUUUGGCGGCGGCAGCGGUGAUUUAGAGGGCGGGUAGAGGCAGGCACUACUACCUGCGUGUGAGGGGUGGUGGGUUGAGUUGGAAGUCUCGUGGCGAUAUUUG